AUGGCGAUGCAGGUGUUAGUUAACCGCUGUGCAUUUCUCAUAUCCUGUUGGCAAUCUUUGUGGUUCCUCCUCAUGAGGUACCUUUCAAUGCGCACUUUAUCUGGGUACUCUUCCCUUGAUCGGAGUGCUGGCACUCUCGGCGAUGACAAUGAGGGCAUGACACCUCCAGUAUCAGAUCUCCCCAGACUUGUCAGCAACCCGCUAUCUUUCCACGACGACUUCCGCGUCAUAGGUGGCAUUCCAGUGCUCAGUUUGGAAAGGACGGGAUGUAUUGCGACCACCAGUGCAGCGCCAUCUACCCAUAGCCACAUUCUGUGCCAUGCCACAACCACAACUGCUGGAAUGGACAGCACCCACAAAUGGACAGUGGCUGGUUAUGAAGAUGGUGUAUUAUGUGUGUGGGAUGCGGAUCAUGGAACACUGCUUGGGAUGCAUGAGGCGCACCAGGGCCCUGUCACUGUGUGUCAUUGGGUGAAAGAUGGCAAGGGCAGUGUGAAAAUUCUGUCAUGCGAUGCCAAGAUGCAAUUGACAAGCACACCGGGGCCUUCCGCGUCAGGAGCAUCGUUUGCUGUGGAGGGAGAGAGGCUUUCUUGGAACCUGUGCUGGGACGACAGUCCGAUUGUGACAUCCUGUGACCAGGCAACGUCUUUUUCCUGCAAAAGCGAUUUUUCACUGCAGGGCAUUCCCACGUUCACACCAAAUGGAAAGUAUUGCUGUGUACCUGUGAGCUAUCAGGUCGGAACAUGUGCUGCUGGCCAUGUGGACUCGCCAUCUGUGGUCAUUUUUCUUUAUUUUUAUGAUAUGGAGGCGUGUCCCAAUCAUGGUUCUGCUUUCCAUCCAGAAUUUCGAAUUUUGGCACAAGAUGGGAACAUGAAUCAAGUCGAUGAGAUGCAAUGCACAUUUUCUUCCGAAGGUGAUGCUCUUUUCCUGACCUUUGUUGACAGGAAGAGUGGAUUGUUUUCCUCUUGGUUGUGGCCAAACUGGCAGUGCCAGACUCAAGGCCAUGUUUUACAAUGUGGGAACUCCAGUGAGUGCUUCAUUGGUCAAGGCUGCUGUUGGUUGGGAUCAGCUGAAGCCAGGAAUCUGAAAUUAGUAACUUGGAAUCUGCACGGGCAUUUCCAAUGGCAAGGGGAAAGUCAAGGUCUUGAUGCCUAUGAGAGCCUUUCUGUCUAUGACAUUCACCAUUUGGACAGCAAGCCAGGUGACAGAGCCGGUCAAUCCAAGUCCUGUUCUUGCCUUAGUCUUGUGGACAGCACUGACGCCCCUUGCCUUUGCACCCUCAGCUGUUUGAAGGAAAGUCCAUGUGAGGGUGUUCUCAGUUGUUGCCAAACUUUGUCGCACAACCGAGUGAUUGCUUAUGUGGAUGGAAGCCGUACAUUGGUUGUAUGGGAUACAGAUGAUGAAAACCCAGUCGAUGUAGUACCAUUGAAAUUGAGAGGCGUGAUGGUGGCACAGGAGGAGCCUGUCCUUGUUACAGCUUCACCUGAGGGCAAUCUGAUUGCUGUUGCGCAUUUGGCACUGGAUGGAGAGAGGAAGGUUGUUUGUGUGCAACUUUUUGACACAGAUGGGAUGUUCAAGAUCAUGGAUGCACCAGAGAACUUGCAUGAUGGACUCGAGGCAAACAGCAUACAGCACUUUGAGUUUGGGCCUGAUGGUGCGAAUAUCGAAAUGGUGGUAGAUCAUUGCAAAAUGCUGGUGUGGUUUCCAAAAGCCUGUGUAUGUGGUGCUACGACAGUGUCACUGCCAAUCCCACAAUCAAAGGCCAUUCACUCAUCAGCUGCCUUCCAUUGUGAACACACAAGAGCGGACAGAAGGCAAAGUGUUAAUGACCAGAAGCAUCCUUUCCAUGCGGAAUUGGUAUUUUCCCACGAUGGCAGUGUUUUGGCUGUAUUGCGCAGAAGUUCAACAUCAGAAGAUUUGCCAGCCAAUGAUGUCAUUGUGGAUCUGUGGAGUUUAUGUGACAAAGGCCAACAUGGACGUGACGCCGGCUUGCAAGUGCCAUUUCAAACUACAUGGAAGGGUUUGCAUCACAUUUCUCUAUCAAAUGAGGGCAGCAAAUGUGCAAUAGUGGCUCGUGAGGAUUGCAGCAGCUCAAUGCGUGUUCUCGUGUGGAACAUUGGAAAAGAGUUCACCUACAACAGAGGAGGUUGCAUGAAAGAGGAGACCCUGACCUAUGAGAUCAUUGAGCAUGGUGGUUAUAUUGGAGGAACUCCCAUUGGCAUUGCGUUUUGUGAGAAUGAUAUUAACAAAGACAGGGUAGUCAUUUGCAAUGCUGAUGCCACCUUAGUUUGGAUGCAGACUGGUCACAAAGGACCAAUUCAUACAAGCAACACCAUGGCAUGCCCUGGCGCCAUUUGCUGUUUCUCAUCUGAUGGAAAGUAUGCUGCUGUUCUGAAAAACUAUGCGAACUUGGAGGUCUGGAACCUGCAUGAGCAGCGAAUCCAAUCGACACAUUGUAUAGAUGAACAACUGAACAUGCAAGCAAAAGAAAUGGCACCUGUUGGGAUUAUUGUUGAUGGAUGUUGGAUCCCCAGCACUAUGGAUCAUUAUCAGUACAAGUGUUUGAUUGAACAAAUGAGGAAGAGCAUUGCCGAGGAUUGCAAAAUGUCUGGCCAAAAAGCCAUAUACAUGGCCCUGGAUGAUGGCAGAACGGUUGCUACAAGUUGCAAUUUCAAAACUCUGGUGACAAUGAUAAAUGACAAGGGCUAUCGCGAAAAAUGUGGCAAAUGUCUGCCAACCGAGCUCAAAUUCUUGAGGCACACAUACUCUGGUCCAAAGCUGAGAAAAAUGAACCCGCCUAUUCUGACUGCCAGUGGGAAUGGAAGGAUGGUUGCUGGGAUGCUGGAAUAUGGCACCGUGAGGGUUUGGACCCCAUUUUCCACAUCUGCAAGCCUACCUGACUAUCACAGACUGGACCUUCAGCAAUGUGGGCUCCAUACAGAUGCCUCUGGACUGCAAGAAUUGCUUGGUUUGCAUGGAGUCGCUCUCCUGAAUCACCAUGAUGAUGAUGGAAUGUCCUUUUUUCUAAGGGCCAUUGAGCAUGACAAUCUAGAGUGGGUUAAGAUAAUGCUGAAGUGGGCAGCAACGAAGGCAUUCACAGUUCGUUUGACUCCAGCAGCUAGAAGCCGCUCCCAGCUGAAUGCACUUGAUCUGGCCUUGCAAAAUCGAAAUGCCAAAAUUGUUGGUAUGGUUUUGGAUGCUAUGUUUGGAGGAUUGACAAGGUUUGAAGAAGCUGCUGAUGUGAUGGAAAGGUCAUUUUUUGACCUCUUGUGCAUGUUCCCAAGAUUAGUCCAGAAGCGACUGUGCAGUGGUCAGAUGCUGCUGCCCAUGGGAAAGCUAGACAUCCCUGUGACGGUAUUUCACACACAUGAGGAUCUGAUUUUUGGGACUCACAAGGAACAUUGCUCUUCUGACAAGAUGGUCAGAAACCUAUGGGCCGUCUUUGGCACCAGGCUUGUCAAUGCCUCCAACUCAAGAUGCGCAUGGUCUCUUUGGGGGCACUGCUGGGAAAUCUAUUCCCGUCGGCAAACCUGCAAAGUUUCUUCACCACACAAGAUGACCAUCUCCUGCAAGGCAGUUCCAUUUUCAAACAUUGCACAGAUUGGAAGAAAUGGGAUUCUCAGGCAACUGAGACUUAGGAAUUUCCACAGUGAUGCAUUUGACUCUACUGUACUUCAAGGCGUGAUAUCUUUCAAGUGGAAUUUCUUUGCCAGGAGGAUGUUUUUGCAAGAUUUGAUCUGGCACACCUUGCUGUUGUUCUCAUAUUCUGCCUACAUGAUUGAAUGGGGUGCGCUUCCCAAGAAGAAAAUGGGUGUGUUGAAUGUCAUCUUCACCACAUUGGAGGUUGUGGCCAUGAUGGUUGUAUGUGCCCGUGCAUGCUGGAAAAUUGGCAUCGACAAUUUCUUCACAUUUCGCGACCUGGUUCUGGACCAGAGGCACUCAAGUGGCAGUGCAGCAUUGAAGGGGGUAUUGAGGCUGGCUGCGGGUGACACAGAAUUGCAGUAUGGUUGGAAAUUCUGGGCACGGUCGAAAUGGCACGGACUGGAGAUUGUGGCAUACAUCGGCGUGACAGCUCUGAUAGUGUGA